AAAUAAUCUCUGAUUUCUCGAUCUCUGUAAUUUCCUUUGCAAUUCCGAUCAUCAACAAUGGCGGCGAUAAUUAGCAUCGUCACAAUGUUAAUGGCAUUUCUCACAACGUCGAUGGCGGUGGUUGCGAUGUCGCCGCCGCCGACGGGAUGCGCCACCAGAGAGCUGCUCUUGCUCUCGCCAUGUCUGCCUUUCAUCUCUGCUCCGCCGAACAAUCUAUCCGAUACGGUUCCCUCGGCGUGCUGUGAGGCAUUCUCCUCCGCUUAUAGUUCCGGCGGCGGGAUUUGCCUCUGUUAUUUUCUUCGUGAGCCUCAGAUUUUGGGCUUCCCGUUGAAUCGCACGAAGCUGAUUGCUCUGUCUUCGUUUUGUCCUCUCAAUGGUGAAAGUGGAAUGUAUUUGGAGAAGAGUAGUUCUCUGGACUCGAUCUGUGCUGCUUCACGAACUUUGCCUCCUCUUCACAGCUCGAGGAUUCCAAGAAUCCAAGAGCCGGAUAGUCCUGCUGACGAGAAUAUACCAGCUCCUGAUAUGGGCUUACCACCAUCCGCAACCGUAUCGCCGUCAGCACCUGCAGAUGAACCGCCGCCAUCUCUGUCAUCUGCUACAACCAAACGUUUUUCAUUGGCAAAAGAUUGUAUUGGUUUGUUCUUUUCAGGUUCACUCUUCCUUAUCCACAUUUCGUCCAUUUUAGAGCAGCUUUUUGAUGCACUUUGUAUCGCUGUGUAACCAU